AUGCCGUCGCCCGAGUGCAUCCUACUCCGUGUGCCUUACAACGAAGAGGAGCCCGAGAUCCUCGCGCUGAGCGCCAGCAUGGAGACCGACGGUACGCGGGAGUGCGGGCUCUACGUCAAGGCGGUCGCCCUACGCGGCUCGCUGCUCGGCGGCCAGGUCCUGCGAGUCCGCCCGCACACGCGCAACGCCGGCGGGUCCAACCAGGCGGGGAACGCCACGAGGACGAACUUCUCGCUGCAGGUGGGCAGCUCGGGCUGGGUGGACUUCUCGCGCCAGGACGCGGGCGCCGACAUCCCAGAGGCGAGCGUCGGCUCCCUGAGGGCCCGCUUCGUGUGGAGGGAGGCGUUCGGGCAGCGCAUCGAGGCGCAGAGUCUGGAGCUCCGCCUGGGGGAGGGCGAGCGGCCG